AUGGGUGACUUGGGACCAUACCUCGACUACGAUGGAGAAGACUACAUCUGUACUAUCUGCGACAGAUGGUUCACGACUGAAGGUGCGCUCUUCGCCCACUGCAGAGCGACCACGCGACAUGAAUGGUGUGAGAGAUGUCGUCGGGUAUUUGUCUCAGAAGACUCGAAGAAUGCACAUGUCCGCGCAUCCAAGAGACAUAAUAUUUACUUUGAAACCGAUGAUGAUCUUCGAUACCAUCUGGAGGAUUAUCAUCAUGCUUGUCUUGAGUGCAAUAUAUUCCUCGGGUCUGCUGAGAAUCUCCUAAGCCAUGAUAUCUCUGUCCACUAUUAUUGCAAUAUCUGCGACAGAUAUUUCGGGAUGCUAAUUCAUCUGGAAUCAGGGGCCUGUCAAUCAGGGGUUUCGGAAGAGACGAUUGAUGAUUUAGCGGCGGAGUGUUACCAGAGCAGGAAAUAUAUCGUUGACACAGAUGGAGGCUGGCGGUAUGAGUGUCCAGACUGUGAGAGGCAGUUCUGGCAGCUAUCUGCGCUGUACCAGCAUGUUGAGGAUGUCCCUGCCUGCUCCUAUCUUGCGAAUGGGGAUGGUUGUCUGGCUAAGCUUGAGCGCUUUAUGGCUUCCAGGUUGCCAUGACUCCAUGCACUCCUCCAUGUUAACUCCUUGUUCUUGCUAGAGACAAAUCACAACAGUUGUGUGAAUUGAUUCUCCGGGCUCACACGGUACCGUAUCAUCCAUUCAUCCUAAGUGCAUAGACGUGACAGCGGGCCCGUAUUGACUCUUGCGCAUCCUGG